UCUUGCCUGAUCUUGCAUAUUGCGCUCAUCGGGAACGGUAUUGGACCGAGUCAAUCCCCAGUCCGUAUCUCGCAUGCAUGGAUUCAAGGAUAACAGACGGAAAGCAGCAUUAUUUUCGAGGAAUAACUGUUUAUUCUUCUUCAUAACACAUGACACUGUAAUCAUUUAUGAAUCAUGUGGAGUUAUCUAGGCAGUUGCUUUCUGACAGCGUGUCUACUUCUGACACUGUGUGUGAAGGUGUCCCAGUCAUCGGGUUAUUUCCUGCUACAGCUUGUAAGUGUGGAGAACGAAAGCGGUGAACUGGCGAGUGGGGAAUGCUGCGACGGCACAAGGAGCCCGCAGGACAGCCGUUGCAGUCAGGACGAAUGUGACACGUAUUUAAAAGUGUGUCUUAAGGAGUAUCAAGUGGAAGUCACCACUUCUGGCUCGUGCACGUAUGGAACUGCGUCCUCAAACGUUCUUGGUGGAAAUUCGUUUCAACUGAAAGGCGCUAAUGAUACCCCAAACAAGAUCAACGAUGUUGGAACGAUCCUGAUUCCCUUCCACUUCGCCUGGCCGAGAGCAUACACCCUUAUUGUCGAGGCAUGGGACUUUGAUAACGACACACUUGAUGACAGCAGUGAGGAGUUACUGAUUGAGCGGAGCAUUCACCGAGGUGAGAUGAACCCAGGUGAGGAGGGCCAGCUGCUACGGCAUAACGGCCAGACGGCCAUCCUCUGGUACAGCAUGCACGUGCGCUGCGACCGUCACUACUACGGCAGCAAGUGCAACAAGCAGUGCCGCCCACGCGACGACUAUUUCGGCCACUACACAUGUGACCACCUGGGCAACCCCAAGUGCAUAGAAGGCUGGACGGGAGAGGGCUGUAAGAAAGCUAUUUGUAAACAGGGAUGCAGUGAACAGCACGGAGGCUGUGUGGUACCUGGCGAAUGCGUGUGUAACUAUGGCUGGCAGGGUCCGUUUUGUGACCAGUGUUUGACGUAUCCAGGAUGUCUGCACGGCACCUGCUCCAGACCCUGGCAGUGCACCUGUGAGAAGAACUGGGGUGGACUGCUGUGCGACAAAGACCUUAAUUACUGUGGGACACACCAGCCCUGUGUUAACGGUGGUACAUGUUUAAACACUGAGCCGGAUGAGUACUACUGUAACUGUCCAGAGGGUUACUGGGGCAAGAACUGUGAAAUGGUGAGGCAUGCAUGUGUGUCAAACCCUUGUGCCAACGGGGGUUCGUGUCAUGAGGUGUCGUCUGGGUUCACAUGUCAAUGCACCGCUGGAUGGGAGGGGCAGACCUGUGCAAUAGACACAGAUGAGUGUGUGUCUAAUCCCUGUGCCCAUGGGGGGACAUGCAUUGAUACUGAGAAUGGCUUUGAUUGUAUUUGCCCUUCGCAGUGGACUGGGAGAGCUUGUCAGAUAGAUGUAGAUGAGUGCAUACGGAGGCCUUGUCUAAACGCUCACUCUUGUAAAAACCUUAUCGGUGGAUUUCACUGCGCCUGUUACAGUGGCUGGGUGGGACAGAAGUGUGACAUCAAUAUCAACAGCUGCUAUGGCCAGUGUCAAAACGGAGGAACAUGUCAGGCGGGGAGGGGGGGCUACACCUGCCUUUGUCGGCCAGGCUUUGUGGGGACACGCUGUGAGCUGCAGUGGAGCGGGUGCAUCAGCGCCCCAUGUCAAAAUGGGGGCCAAUGUUACACGCUGCUAGACAGUUACACAUGCCAGUGUCCUCAGGGCUUCACAGGGACUAACUGUGAGGUAUGGACUGAUCCGUGCAGUCCUAACCCAUGUCAGAAUAAUGGCCAGUGUCUGGUUGUGUCUGGAGAUUUCCACUGUGCCUGCCCAGACCAGUAUGAAGGGAAAACCUGCUCUCAGCCCCGAGACCACUGCAAGAGCAGCCACUGCAGAGUGAUUGACAGUUGUACCACUGCAGUGGUGAGCAACUCCACACAUGAAGGGGUGUGGCACAUUUUGUCCAAUGUGUGUGGUCCCAAUGGCCGCUGCAUCAGCCAGUCAGGAGGGAACUUCAGCUGUGACUGCCAGCCGGGCUUCACUGGGACUUAUUGUCACGAGAACAUAAAUGACUGUGUGUCAUCUCCGUGUAUGAAUGGAGGGACCUGUGUUGAUGGGGUUAAUUCAUUCUAUUGUCUGUGCCCAGAUGGGUGGGAUGGGCCACUGUGUGAACACAAUGUGAAUGAAUGUGAUGGUAACCCCUGCAAAAAUGGCGGCCGCUGUCAGGAUCUGCUUAAUGACUUCUACUGUCACUGCACAGACAACUGGAAGGGCAAAACCUGCCACUCACGAGAGAGUCAGUGUGACUCUCACACAUGUGCUAACGGUGGUACCUGCCAGGAUCAUGGUGAUACUUUCAGCUGUGUGUGUCCUGCUGGAUGGGGAGGCAGUACCUGCAACACUGCCAAGAACAGCUCCUGUGACACGGGACCCUGUGCAAAUGGGGGCACAUGUGUGGGAGGGGUCAGUGGCUUCACCUGCAUCUGUAAGGAUGGCUGGGAGGGGCCAACCUGUGAUCAGAAUGUCAAUGACUGCAAUCCACAUCCUUGUUUCAAUGGGGGUGUCUGUGUGGAUGGGGUGAACUGGUUCCACUGUGAGUGUGCCUCUGGGUUUACUGGGCCGGACUGCCGAAUCAACAUUGAUGAGUGCCAGUCAUCUCCCUGUGUUUAUGGGGCCACCUGUGUUGACGAGAUUAACAGUUUCCGCUGCCUUUGCCCAGUGGGAUGGGAUGGACCGCGCUGCCAAGACUUCCUAGGUACCGCUAUGGAGUGUUCCCACAGCGGGUCACGUCUUCCUCUUGGCUGGCACUGGGAGGAGGACUGUAACAUCUGUCAGUGCUUUCAUGGCAACAGGAAGUGUUCCAAGGUGUAUUGUGGACGAAGGCUCUGCCUUUUACAGGGAGGUCCUGGUAUUCCAGAGCAUUCCAGUUGUCCAGGGGACCAGGAAUGUGUGACACAUCACCACCUGUCCUGUUUUCGUCCUCCCUGCCACUGGGGAGUUUGCUACGGACCUGAGUACCUCGAGCAGGUCAGCACCAUAUGCCAACCCAGUGGUGGGCAGCAGGACAAGGACUGUGCCCAUGUUACCCUGGUGUUUGACAAAGACAGCGUGCCACAGGGUACAACUGUGGAAGGUAUCUGCUCAGAGCUGAGGUACCUGCCAAUCACUCGAACCCUGGCCAAAGACCACACCCUCCUUAUUCUCUGUGACCUGUCCCAUUCCAGCAGCAAUGCGGUGGAGGUUGCUAUGUCGUUUGAUGGGAAUGGGGCAGGUGUGAACCCGGGGGAGAUACAGGAGGUGGUCAGCUCCAUCAUCAGUGCUCUGUCCAGUCCUCACAACAGCACUGUGCUACUGGCCGUGCGAGAGGUCAAAGUGGAGCCGCAGGUCACACGCUCUGCUCCUGGCUACCUGCUGCUGGUGCUGUGUGUUGUCUUUUCCGUGUUGUGGCUUCUGUGUGCAAUCGUGUGUGUGUGGUGGGUCCGUAAGCGAAGGAAAGCCACAGAGAGAGCGGGUGUGGCCCUGCCAGAGGACAACAUUAACAAUCAGUGGGAGAUGCAGCAUACUGUGAGAGUGCAGUCUAAAACGAACACAGCUAGAGACCACGCCACUGAAGACCCUCGGCAGGAGCAAAAGGCUCUCAUGUCUGUGCUGGACAGGGUGGGAGACGGCGCUGAGGAGGUAGAGAACGAGGAGGACAGGGAGAGGGAGUUGGUUGUGGACAAAUGUCCAACAGCAAAAAGCUCAAAAGGGCAGGUGGUGUACAGCAUUCACAGGGUUUCCCAGGAACCCCCCCACCGGACAGACUACAGCAACAAACGCUACUGCUGUAAGAACAAAAUGAUGGAAGGAACCAAAGACCACUAUGUAUGAGCCAGAUGGA